AGUAUGUGCGAGGUGUAGUUCGUUUGAGCAAACAUGCUGUGGGUGUUCUUAGUUCUUCUAGCGCUCGAUUUGGUCGCGGGUGUUCCCAAGCCUGACCAUAAGACGGUGAGCGAGAAAUCCGGUGGAACGAUCGUCACGACGCCGUUGGGCGCCGUGCAGGGUUCGAUCGCGCACAGUCGCAAUGGGAAACAAUUUCUGGCGUUUAAGGGUAUAAGAUACGCCAAAGCGCCGAUUGAAGAUUUGCGAUUUCAGCCACCGAAAGCGGUCGAGAAAUGGGAGGGAGUCUUGAAUGCGACGAUGGAUGGACCGGCCUGUCCGCAACCGAACGUAACUCCAAUAUCGGAAGACUGUCUUUUACUUAAUGUUUAUACGUCAAAGGUACCUAAAGGUAAUGAAGUUGAGAAGCACCCAGUCAUGGUAUUUUUCCACCCGGGCGGAUACCAAUCGGGUUCCAGUUGCAGUGAACAAUUUGGCCCCCAAUAUUUACUAGAUCAGGAUCUAGUUUUGGUCGUGCCAAACUAUCGACUGGCAACACUGGGUUUCUUGAGCACCGGCGACAAAGAGGCACCUGGCAACAACGGUCUAAAGGAUCAGGUCCAAGCUUUGAAAUGGGUGAAAGAGAACAUUGCCUCCUUUGGAGGUGAUCCCGAAUCGGUGACCAUAGUCGGCAGUAGCGUUGGUGCGGCUAGUGUUACACUGCACUUGGUAUCUCCACUAUCCAAAGGACUUUUCAAGCGAGCGGUGGCGAUGAGCGGAUCGAGCAUGGGAACGUGGCCAGUGCCCAAUAACCAGAUGGAACUGGCGAAGAAACAGGCGCAAUUCCUAAAUUGUCCCGAUGACAACUCCGCGAACAUUAUCAAGUGCCUGAAAACAAAAUCGGCCGAGGAAAUCGCAAACAGCUACGUCAAGUUCAAGGAAGCGGGAGCAUUAGACUCGAACCUAAUUUGGCUUCCGGUGGUCGAGCAAGAUUUUGGACAAGCCAGGUUUUUAACGGCGCAUCCCGUCGAGUCGGUAUUGAACGAUCACUUCGAAAAGGUACCUUUUUUGACUGGGGUAACGACGGAUGAGUACGCAAAUCUCGCUUUUGAUCUAGUUGACAACCCUCAACUAUUGCAAGACAUGGAAAAGUACCCGCCGUUUUCGUCCAUUUAUGAGAAGGACACGAAUGCCACGAAAACCAUCUCGAAAGAGCUCCGGAAAUUUUAUCUAGACGACAAGCCUGUGGACAACUCCACAAUUGCGAGCCUUGUAAAUCUCUACAGUGACGGCAUGAUUGGCUUCGGUGUCAAUAGGGCGGCUAAACUUUUGGCGGAGAAGAGCAACGAAUCAGUCUUCUACUACAGAUUCAACUACAAGGGACGACACAGCUUCUUCUACUUGCCCGACUCAAACCACACUGUACCUUACGGCGUUGCUCACAUGGACGACCUAAUUUAUUUAUUCCACAACUCGAAACAAUUUACCGAUUACAAGGAGGACGACCCCGAAACGGAUACCAUUGAGAAGAUGACGAUUAUGUGGGUCAACUUUGUUAAACUAGGUAAGCCCAUACCGGAACAGUCUGAAAAGUUGGACGGCGUUAAAUGGGAGCCGUUCACAACCAAGGCGAAAAAGUAUUUAGACAUCGGCAACAAGUUAAUACUGAACGAGAAUCUGAACGAGAAACGGUACAACGAGUGGGAAAAGUUAUUUCCCUUGUCCAAAUACCAAGCGAAAAGUAAAAAGCAGCACGGGUAGAUUCGAUAAGAAAUAAGUUAAGGUAUAAUUCAAUGUAAAAAUGUACAAUAAAUUGAACUAUUACUUUC